AUGGACAAUGACGAUGAUGAGCCUCUUGACUCUGAAACCAAAGAUGAAACUGAAAGCACAUUAGCACCUCAGAAUAGUGAUGACACCCUCUACUGCGAGGCCGAAGCCCCUUCGAGUGUUGAGAAAAAGAAAUCCACGCAGGAGGAUUCAGAGACCGACCUAGAGAUUGAAGACACAGAGAAGUUCUUAACCAUUGGACAGAAGGAGCUGUACCUGGAAGCCUGCAAACUGGUGGGUGUAGUGCCUUCCUCCUACUUCAUCCGGAACAUUGAGGAGGCCACCAUGAACCUCAACCACCAUGGGCUGGGCCCCAUGGGUACCAAGGCUAUUGCCAUAACCCUGGUGUCCAACACGACCAUCCUCAAACUGGAGCUGGAGGACAAUUGCAUCAUGGAGGUGGGCAUCUUGAGUCUAAUGGAGAUGCUGCAGGAGAACUACUACCUCCAGGAGCUGAAUCUUUCCAACAAUGAUCUUGGUUUGGAGGGGGCCAAAAUCAUCUCAGACUUCCUCCAGGAAAAUAACUCUGCACUCUGGAAACUGAAACUUUCAGGAAAUAAUUUCAGUGAAGAAUCUGCUGCCCUUUUAUGCCAAGCCCUGUCGUCCAAUUACCGAAUUAGGAUGCUGAAUCUCAGUCACAACCAAUUCUCUGAUGUAGGAGGGGAGUACCUGGGACAGAUGCUAGCUCUCAAUGUCGGACUCCAGUCACUGGACCUGAGCUGGAAUAAUUUCCACAUUCUGGGAGCUACAGCCCUGUGCAAUGGUCUCCAGACUAACGUGACCCUGAAGAAACUGGACAUCUCCAUGAACGGCUUUGGGAAUGAAGGUGCUCUGGCCCUUGGGGAAGUUCUGAGAGUCAACAGCUGUCUAGCCUACCUAGAUGUCAGUGACAACAGUAUCACCAAUGAGGGGGUCUCCAGAAUCGGCAAGGGACUGGAAUACAAUGAGAGCCUCCAAGUGCUGAAGCUUUCCCUGAACCCAAUCAGUAUGGAGGGGGCAGUUUUUCUUAUCCUGUCCAUCAAGAGGAACCCCAAAUCCAGGAUGGAAGAGCUUGACAUUUCUAAUGUGAUGGUAACAGAGCAGUUUGUAAAAGUCCUGGAUGGAGUGUGUGCCGUUCAUCCCCAGCUAGACGUGUUGUACAAAGGAUUGCAGGGUCUCUCCACCAAUAAAACCCUCAUCCCGUGGCCCAACCCCAUGAAACUGAUCCAGAACUACACAGAAGAGCAAAAAAUCUCAAUUGUGAAAUUCUUCAAGAGCUUGAACCCUGCAGAAUCAAUGACAAUGACGAUAGGAGAUUUCCGGAAAGCAUAUCCUCAGCAAAACAAGGUCCCCAUCAACCGGUACCAGGUCAGGGAGCUUGUAAAGAAGCUGGAAGACAAGGAAGGUAUGGUGAGCUUCAGUUCACUUGCAUAG